UCAAUUUCAGUUUCGGCAGCGGUCGCGGCCUAGAGAAGGGCAGGGCUUAGCUGAGCAGCAGCGACGCCGGCAGCGAAGCCGGCUUUGAAGUGCGAUGUGCUCUGACUGCAAAAAAGUGCCGUUUAAGGUUUCGGGGUUUUUUGUCGCUGUUGCUUAUUGCAUUAUUUAUACGCGCUCGCAUUUACUUUCUUGCGCGCUACACACACGCACACACGCAACUUAUAAACAAAGCGCGCCCACAGACACAGACAGCAGCUGCAACAACAACGGGGUGUCGCAUUGGUGACAAUUUGCGCCUACUGCAACAACACUCUCGGUCUCAGUCUAAGCCGCUCUCGCAGUUAGCGACGUCGCGGCCGACGCCGUCGUCGCAGCGGCAAAUCCGACCGCAUUCUCAGUCAAACAACAAACGUAACUGAAGUAACAACGGUGUCCGCGUCCAAUAAUAUUAAACACAGAGAGGCCAAAUACGAAACACCCCCCUCCCCUCGCUCUGUUAAAUACUAGUGCUAAAAGGAAACAACGAAAAGUGAUUAAAACACACACGAAACAAAAAUAUUGUGUGCAAAAAGAAGUCGAAGCUUUGCUGAAAAAGCGCCAAGUGCAAGUAACAGGAAGUGUUUCUAUCUCUGUCGCUCGACUAGAAAGUGAUGAAAUUGUUGUUGCUGCAUAUAGGCAGCAAGUGUUGUGCUUAAUGUUGGGUCUGCCAACGCGUGAGCAGUGCGUCGAGUGGCUGCAGUUUAUCUUUCUGUUGAUCCUGCACAUCUGGAGCAUUUGCAGCAUGUCGCUAACGCGCAGUCGUCAAACGACGCUCAAGUGGAUUAAGAAGCGUUUGGGGCUGCCGCGUCGACGUCAGCAACAGCCACAGCAACAGCAUAGGCAGCGGACUGACACAAACAAGGCAGCAGCAGCAACAUCAACAACUGCAACAGCAACAACAACAACAACUGCAACAAACAACGACCCAGGAGCUGAAUUUGUGGAUCAGGGCCAUUUAAGCGAGAUCUUGGUGCUGAGUGACACUCAAAUCGAUGGCCAGGCCGCGAUGUCGGCGCCGCCAGCAGUUGCCAUCGACAUGGACAACAUGAACACGGACACAGCCAACAACGACAUGAACGAGGCCAGAGCGGGCCACACAGCGCCAAUAGCGCGCGACGAGUUUGUUGAGGAGUUCGAGCCAGAGAAGGAGCAGGAGGAGGAGGAGGAGAACGAUGAAGAGGAGUUGGAACUGCAGCAGGAGGAGGAGCUGGCCAAAGCGAAUGCUAAUUAUGUGUGCUGUCAAUGCCCAGCAACAACACGAGCAACAACAACUGCAGCAGCAGCAACAACAACAACAGCAGCAACUGCGAGCCGCAGCAAGUCGCGUGUACGCAGCUAUCUAAAGAAAUGCAAGCAACGCCUAACGGGUCAAGCAAAAUCUGCAGCCACAGCAACCACGACAACAGCAACGAUUACAUUGAUCAAGAACGAAGGAACAGCACCCACAAUAGUUCAGGCAGAAUGUAUGAGGCAACAGCCGGAGGAGUCUAAGGCGGAGGAGGAGGAAGAGGACUCCAGCUGUGGCAGCAGAGAUUCGGCCAGCGCCUAUGCGGACUGCUUGCCGCUUGAUUUCAACAUGGGACGAGCGCCAACAGCGCCGCAGGAGAUGAGCAGCAGCAGCGAAUCCGAAACUGAUGAAGAGCCAAGGGAGCAGGAGCUGGAGCAGGAGAAGGAACUGCCAAAGGAACAACAGCAAGAGCCCUUAAUUUGUUCAUUUGUGAUUUGUGUGCAGGGAACGACUGCUGCCACAAAUCAAAGCCACAUGGAUGUGGAUGGGGUCCAGCUGGCUGAGCUGAUUGACAGGCAUCUGUCGCACAUUUAUCCCGUCUACUGGGCACGCACGCGUGCGAUUUUAGUGCGGCAGGCACGUGAGCUGGUCGCACUGCAAUACGAUGGCAGCCUGCCGCGUUUCGAGCAGCGUUACCUAUGCAAAUUUGCGCAAAUUGCCGCAACGCUGCGCGCCACUCAUCAAAUUGGCGAGUCCUGGUUAUGGCAUGCCGGCUGGCCGCUGGCCACAUCCAAUGGAGCCCUCGUACUCCAGCUGAGCGACUCUGAGUUCGCACACGCACUCCAACCCGCCGAGCUCUAUCUGUGUGUCAAAUUAGAUUCUGACGCAGAGGCCACACCGCAGCUUUAUGUCGUUUGGCGCUCGUCCGAGCAGCAGCAGCAGCAAGAGGGGAGCACACAGAGCGGAGGGCAGAGUAACUGCAUCAAUAUCGAUUACACAAAUACGCAACGGCAGCCACUGAGCGUGCUGCAACUAGAGAUGUCAAUGGCAGCCACAGCAGCAGGACACGCACAGAGUGCGGCACAGGAAAGGGGACAGUUUCAGGCCGAAGCUAACGAAGCCAUCGAGUUGCCGCAGCUGUUGCAGAAUUUGCUUGUGAGCGUGGAGCGCAGCAUAGAGCGCGUGUCGCUAAACGAGCUACAGAUGCCGCUGGCACUGCACGAGGAUCAGCUCGACGAGGCCAACAACAACAGCAGCAACAUUAAUACCACCAACAUUGGAUCGCCAAAGUGCGCGCUAAGGCGCAGCGAUUUAAUUACCAAAAACAAACUGUUCAACAAUCGUUACAUGCUCCGGCGCCUGACCAAUCGACAGGAUAGCAUGAACUCCACCUCGUCGGGCAACAGCAAUGCCAGCGAACGCAGCAGUGCCAGCUCUAGUGCCAGCGAGGAGCUGCACAGCCAUCUAAAUAAUAAUAAUAAUAACAACAACAACAACAACAACAACAACAGCAGCAACAACAACAAUAACAACUUGCAGCUUGCUGCAUCCACAUCGCCUGCCUUGCCGCUAUUUUGUUUGGGCAACUCAUUUCCGCACAUUGACAGCGACGAGGAGGCCACAGAUGCUGGCGAGAAGCGGCAAACACGCGCGCUCAAGAGCGAGACGACGCAGCUGGCUGAGCCGGAGCCGGAGACGGAGCGGGAAACGGAGCUGUUGCCGCCCAACUCGAUCAGCGAAUUGCCCGAGAAACUGUUGAACAGCGGCGUCUAUUUGCCAGGCACACGCACCCUCCAAGGCGACCCACUUGUCCAUGUGGAGGCGGACGCGGUGGCAGGCGCUGGUCUCAAUUGCUACGAGCUGGCCACGCUGUUGCUUUACUAUAGCACCAUACCGGAGCGCAGCUUUGGCCAUAAAAGUACACAGCAACCGCAGCAGCAACAGCAGCAGCAGCAACAGUUGCUGCCAGCCUCGCGAACAUUUACCAUUUUAAUUGCCAUCGAGAAGUCGCAACAUUUAUGCGUAAUCGACUUAAUUUGCCAAAGCCUCAAAUUGUUAAGCAAGCAAAUUGGCAAUUGUGAAAUUUUGGCCGUUUGCCUCGAUGCGAAUUUGCUGCAAUUGUGCAACCAGCAACAGCAACAGCAACAGCAGCAGCAGCAGCACAGCAGCAAUAGCUGUGAUCAAAAGGACCAGCAGCAGCCACCGUUGCAGCAACAAUUGCAGUUGCAUUUGGUUAAAUUCAUUAGCGUGGACCAAGUCACGACAAGUGUUGCGCCAUCGCAUUUGCCGAGCGGAGCGCUCCGGGGCCAGCAUCAUCACGACGCGCGCAAGUGGCGCGAGUUCUUUGCCCAGCUGGAGGCGUUCCAGCGGCAGUGCUCCACUGCUGGGGGUCGUCUUGUUGGCGCUCUGAGCGACAUACGCGCCGCAGAUCUAUUGGGCUUGCCGACACGUCGUCAGCUCUAUGGCCAGCAUCGCGCCCUUAGCCGUGCCCUCAUGGACUCUCAGCUGCAUAAUCUCCGCAAGAAUGGCGCCAACCAGCUGUUGCGCCUGCAAGCGGCAGCCAGUGCCAUCAAUGCAGCGCCAGCGCCAGCAACAGCUACUGCCACACCCACAGCUGCCGCUGCUGCUACAGAUGCAGCAGCUGAUUACCAUUUGGAUGCAGCUCAUAAGCUGCGUAAGGUAACGCUGCUCUACAGCGAGGUGGAUCGUGCCGCUCAGCGCCUGGAGCAGCUGACUGAGCAGCGACGCGAGCGACUGCGUCAGCUGACGAGACAACGCGCCCUGGAAGAUGAGAUCAACGAGGUCACCUCUUGGCUGGGCAAUGACGGCGCUGAAAACUUGCAAAGAUUCGCACAGCUGCAGCUGGAGAGCGAGGCGCAGCUGAAGGCGCAAGAGUUGGAGUUCGAGAAAUACUAUUUCAUAGCCAGAAAACACUUGGCCAAGGGUCGCGAUCUGCACUUGGCAGCCAAUAAGAUUUCGGUGCUCAGCGAGAGCGCACACAAUCUGAAGACGGCGCUGGACCAGUUCGCCGAGAAGCUGGAGAAGACGCGCGAGCGCAUCGAAGGCGGCGCUCGACUGCUGCAUCUGCUGACGCAGCAUCAGCGCGAGACGAGUGCCCUGGAGGAGCUGCAGCGUCUAGCUGCUGAGCUGAAUGCCACAGCGCUGCUGGACAAGCAGUUGCUGGCUGUGCGCAGAAGCAACACGUUGCCAGCUGCCAGCAGCACGCCUGCUCAGGCUGCCACAAAGCGUGGCAGCUACCGCUGCAGCUCCGGCAAUGGCAGCUCCUUCGAGGGCGCCGCCGGCGGCAGUCAGUGCAGCUGCUGGCGCGAGAGUCGCAAUCUGGAGGACAUGGAUGAGCCGGAGGAGGAACAAGAACGCGAAUGCCUAGGACUAGGCGAUGCCGAUGGCGAGGAGCAACAGUCCAAGAUAGCCGACUCCGGCGUAGGAGUCUGCGACAAUUGCGAACGCAAUCCGAAGCUGGCGAGGAUUUGCAGCUGUCAGAGUCUAAACGAGAAGAGUCACGACGAGCUACUCGAGGACGAGUGCUUCGACCGGUCGACAAAGCGCUACAUAGACAUGCAUUCGCCCAUGGAGGCCAAUGCCCACCUACAGUGCCAUGCCUCCAAUCUGGAGCUGACCACACUAGAGGAGCUCAGCUGUUUGGAACCAAAAAUACAAAAAACGCUUCUAUUGAUCAUGCGCGAAAUGAUUGGUACCGAACGCGACUAUGUGCGCUCCUUGUACUACGUAAUCGAGAACUAUAUCGAUGAGCUGUUGCGAGAGGACAUUCCGCAGCCUUUGCGAGGUCAGCGGAACGUGAUCUUUGGCAACAUUGAGAAGAUCUUCGAGUUUCACAAUUCGCACUUCCUUGGCGAACUGGAGCGCUAUGAGCGCAAUCCGCUCAAGGUGGGCGCCGCCUUCCUGGAAAUGGAAUCCAAGUUCUAUUUGUAUGCGCUGUACAACAAGAAUAAGCCCAAGAGCGACACGCUGCUGAGCGAAUAUGGCAGCUCCUUCUUCAAGCCCAAGCAGCUGCAGCUGCAGGACAAGAUGGACCUGGCCUCCUACUUGCUGAAGCCCGUCCAGCGCAUGGGCAAGUAUGCGCUGCUGCUGCAGCAGCUGGUCAAGGCGGUCAAGAGUGUGGAGGGCGCAGCACUGCAAGAGAUUGCCGCCGAUGUGGAGGAGCUGCAGCGUGCCGAGGAGAUGGUCAAGUUUCAACUGCGACACGGCAACGACCUGCUGGCCAUGGACUCGCUGCGGGACUGCGAUGUUAAUGUGAAGGAGCAGGGACGACUGCUGCGACAGAACGAGUUCCUCGUGUGGCAGGGGCGCGGCGGCAAGAAGACGCUGCGACAGGUGUUCCUCUUCGAGGAGCUGGUGCUGUUCAGCAAGGCACGACGUUUCCCCGACCACAAGAACUUGGACAUUUACAUAUACAAGAACAGCAUCAAGACCUCGGACAUUGGGCUGACAGCGCACACGGGCGACUCGACGACCAAGUUUGAGAUUUGGUUCAGGAAACGCAAGCCGGACGACACUUGGAUGCUGCAGUGCAUGUCGGAGGACAUUAAGAACGCCUGGACCGAAGAGAUAUCCAAGCUGCUCUGGAAGCAGGCGAAACGAAAUCGAGACAUUCGCCUAGCGGAGAUGUCCUCCAUGGGCAUUGGCAGCAAGCCCUGCCUGGACAUACGUCCCAGCAACAAUCAGAUCAGCGAUCGUUCCAUACCACUAACACAACUAAACAAGACACCCAAGCUGCGCCACGCUGAGCCUGGCAAGGGCAGCAUGCGACGUCCCAACUCGCUAAUCUCGGAGAGCUCGCUCUCCAGCGGCACCAGCACCACGAGCAGCAGCUCCAUGAGCGGCGGCUGCUCCUCCAGCCAUGCUUCACACGAGACUGGCCGACAUAGCCUCAAUCUGAGCUUCAGCAAACUCUCGAGCAACAGCAACAACAGCAGCAGCCCGGCUACCUUGGAGCUGAUCAAUGAGACGCAGGCGCUGAAGCUGAACAGCAGCAGCGAGCAGCAGGAGAACUCGGCAGCUGCCAGAGGGCAGGCCACGCCCACGCUCACGAGCAGCGGCUCCAACCGAAGCAACAAGCGACAACACAAGCGUUCGACGACAAUUGUCAGCCAGCUGUCCAUGGAGAGCGGCAUACUGUCCGAUAUGUCCAUAACGCCGGAUCAGGAGCAUGCCCACUUAGCCGCCGAGCAGCUGUCUGGCAACAGAGGCAGCUGGUCCACGACCCUGGCCAGCACCAGCACGAGCACGAACACGAGCAGCUCGACCGUUAUACUGCGUCGCUACAAAUCGUACGCCCACGCAGCUGAGGCAGCGAGUCCACCCGAGAGCAAUAAGUGAAGCAAUCUCGAAUACCAGCGAGAGAGAGGAAAGGGAAAUGCGGACGAGGAGCAAGAGGAGGAGGAGGAGGAGGAGGACUAGAAGAGAGUAUACAUAGCUUUAGCGAAACGGUUUCAUCAGAUUCAAAUUAUCAUAUACAUAUACAUAUAUAUGCAU